AUGACAAACAGAAGUGCCACACGCGCCGCGGAACCGACGAGGGAUCUGCAUACUUGGACACCGUCAUUCUGGCCGGAAAAACCCAACCUGUGGUUCAAGCAGCUCGAUAUCCAUUUCGAGGCAAACGAAGUCAAGUCUGAUCAGGGUAAAUUUAGUUUUGCGCUCGCGUUUAUCGAAGCCACGAACGCGGGCGAAGUCGCUGACCUAAUCAGCAAAUCCGGCAGACAAAAGGACCGCUAUGAAACGCUGAGGACGGAGAUGGUCGGCCGCCUCAGCGCGACGCGCAGCAGCAAAAUUCAACGGCUAUUCGAGCGGGAGGAAAUUGGAGACUGGACACCGUCGCAGUUUCUUAAAAACAUGCGGACGUUAGCAGGCGAGGCUGUGACAGAUGAGUUCCUUAGAACCAUGUGGUUGAGCCGAUUACUACAAGCAGUCCAAAUAAUCACGAGCGCGGUGAACGUCCCGUUGGAUCAGCUGGCAGUCGCGGCAGACAGGAUCCACGAUACAAUGCCGAAAGUCACGGCUAUCUCCGUGAAGACCAACCAGACUUAG